GGAUCAAUAUGAGCGGUGACUUACAACUCCGGAAGGCACAACCGCAACUGUCUUUUUCUUCAUUCCGUCUUCGUAUCAAGAAAGCGCUUCAAGACGCUGAUCCCCACUCAUUUUUCAUCGUCGCUCGUUUGGCCUGCUUUCUAGCUCAGGCCCUUCCACCAAGGCAUUUCAAGUCUUAUAUUAUAAUUAGUCUUUAAAUUCUCGCUGUUGGCGUAAGCAGGAGACCCAUGGUGGUUUCAAUGCGCUGCAAAUGUCGCCACAGCAAACGACUACUCGUACCAUCUCUAGUCUUCGUUGCUCUCGCAAGCAGCCUGCUACAAGGAGCUAUGGCACAGACCACGUACUCUACAGCUACUCAGCAACUUCAACGUCUCCAAGAUCCUAAUGUCAUUGUCACCAACACAAACGGGACUGUCGUGGUUUACAGCCCACUCACUGGGGAUGAAAUUCCUCAAGGACUCGCAACCGACGGCAGCGGUAGUGGAUUCUCGCUGCCUGCUAUUUUGUGGAUUGCGUUCUCGUUCACAGUUGGCGUUCCACUCAUGCUGGCCGGCUUUCGCGGCUGGCGCCUUAGCACCGGUGCGGCCAUAGGCCUAUCUGUGUCUGUCACAUCGUGGUCUGUUUUUGUUAAUACAUUGGAUAAUGUCGGUAUUUCGGAUAUUACCUUGACAGCUUUAGUUCUUGUACUAUUUUGUUUGGGCUUUCUCUUCGGGCUUUUAGAAGUGGGUCGCAUGGUAGGGCUCCUCCAGUUAGGCAUACAGGGUGGCCUCGCCAUCGGGAUACGGAUAGCAUUACUACGUAGCCUCCUAUUGGUACCCGACCCUGCUGCGUUCUUUGUCAAUUGGCUACUCGUUGCAUUCUGUGGUCUCGCAAGUGCAGUACUUGUCAUUUGGAAACAGCGAGCUGGACUACUUCUGGGAUCAGCGUCUGUCGGUACUUUCUUUUGCGCCCUGGGGAUAGACCUGGCUAUUAAUCAGCAAUCUGGCAUGAGUCGGGGCCUUAGAUAUUUGAUUGACAGAAACCGUUAUCACGUCGUGGAUACAACGAGUAACGGGUACUUUCCGCCCACGAGCACAUUGGUUAUAAUUGCACUCUCCAUUGCAUUGACACCUGCAUUUGCAUACGCCCAACAUAAGCUGUUUAAGGGUCCAUUCUGCCCAGUUCACGAUGACGAUAUCGAGUCCCUUCAUGCAUCAAACGAGUCCCUGGUUGACGAAGAACCUAAACCAUCAGGCGAGGAAGCACUGCGAACUAGUCCGCAAAAUACGUCGCCUGUUGUUACGGAGAAAGCACAAGCGACCGAAGGCAACGCGUCCGCGAAUGACAGUUAACGUUCAUCAUAGCGCAUAUAUCCCUGGGCUUUGGAUCUUAUACCUCAUCGAUUACCUAAAUACCUUAGUAGUCGCAUUUCAUUUCAUCGCAUCUCUAGUUCUUGUGGUUCUCCAUCGGAUACCUUGGCACGCAUUAUACAUCUGCUUCACACCCGGAUCCACAAUAGACUCCCAUUUGCUUUAAAGGAACUACCAUUUCACUCGACAGCUCGUUGGUUGAUUGUUUGUCGGCCUGAACUACUAUUGACGUCGAUGUGCCGCCCGAGAUUUUGACUAGUGCAUGUGCGCGUGUACCAUUGUCCGGAUGCAAAGCGUCGAGCGGAUAAAGAGCGGGGCAAGUAUAAAGUCUUGUGACUCUCGAUGAUCCAACAAGGACUGGAAGUACUUGGUCGGUGCUAACGCGGG